AGCCACUAGAGGCACAGCUCUCGUAGCCUCCACUUGUGUAGUGACCCCCUCAGCUAUCACCAUCUACACAACACUGCUCUACCUACUAACCCUCCUCUGUAAGCAGCGUGAUGUUGCGUCCGCUUGUGUUGCUGGCUCUGGCGACCGUGGGCGUGCAAGCCAGGAACACCUGGUCAUGGGGCCCUGACCAGUCUUCUAGAGUAGCUCCCUCCACGUCUGUGGGUAGAUCAGCGACUUCAGCUUCUGGAAGCGCUGACCGGCAUGGCAGGUCUUCGGCCACAAGUGACGACGUUGUGUUUCCACCUUCCUCGUCAACAGGAUCUUUAACGAUAGUUCCAGCACCCUCCCUUGGUUCAAUACCUACACAUGCUGCGCAUUCAUUUAGCGGCGCAAGUCAGCCAUUAUACGAAUCGUCUGCACAAGUGCACGUCUCGUCACCAGCAGCGGCGUCUGCUGCUCCACUAGUGACUGGAGAACACCAGCUGGGAGAGAGUCGAACUAGUAGGAAGAUCGAGGUAUCGGGCGACGGCCAGUCUGAAGGCAGAUUGUUUGGAAUUAAAGACAAACUCUGUGACGUCGGCCUCGGCUUCGAUUGUAAGAAGGGUUACAAAGGCGGCAUCAGCCACCACGACAUAUCUUACGUGCAGCCAGUGCAGGUAGUGCCUUUGGGAGGCCCUAUAGCUGCCGUGCCCAUCCACCAUGACAAAGGUUAUGGCCACAAAGGCUACGGCAUCCCUCCUCCCAUCUAUGGCCCCCCUCCUCCCGUAUAUGCACCUCCUCCUCCCGUAUAUGCACCUCCCCAACCAGUAUACGCCCCUCCACAACCUUCAUAUGGACCUCCAAUAUCGAGUUACAGCGAGCCCGUAUACCACCCACCUAAAGCCUCCUACCAUAGCCCCUCUCUGGUAAAGCAUGUGCACACCCACCACCACGUCUACGAUGGACAGGGGUCAUAUGGAGGAGGCAUCACCUACGCCAAGGACAACACUUAUAGUGGAACUCAGACACAUACUGUCUCUUCCAGCUCAUCCUUCGACUCUCUGGAGAACUUUAAUAACUUCGGAAGUCCUCCCUAUCAACAGGACUGCCAGUGUGUGGAGUUUAGGUACUGCGCAGUCCACGAUAUCAUCGGCAGAUCCAGUAAUGACUUACAUCCCCUCAUCGACGCCCGUAGCAAAAAAACCGACAUCUUGUCAACAGCUUCUGAUUCUGACAACACUUCUGAAGAAAAUCAAGUCUUCUCUGCUUCUGAAGGCAGACAUCUUGUUGCGGAGGUAGUGAAGAAAGUUGCAGAGAACAGCACUAGUGAGAGGACGAAGAGAGACACUAUGGUGUUCAGGGAUAAACCCAGGGACGCAAGGGACACAAUGAUCUUCAGGGACGACACCAGGGCUUCCAGUUUCUCCGGGCUCUCUGUGGCCCCUAGACCCGCGAUAGCCACCAGCCGUCAAGGGAUUAACGCGUACGCGCCGGGAGUGAGCGGUUGUGCUGGUAACCACGUCUGCUGUCGCCGUCCCUCGUUCCGUCAGCAGCGGGAGAUCGGGUCUUGUGGUCGUCGCAACUCCGUAGGCCUGCUGGGUCGCGUGAAGAACCACGAUCUUCAGCAGGGAGACACAGAGUUUGGGGAGUACCCCUGGCAGGCGGCUAUCCUCAGGCGGGAGACAGGAGAGAGUGUUUAUGUGUGUGGAGCUGCGCUAGUAGACAGUCAGCACCUGGUCACCGCUGCCCACUGCAUCACCGGGUUGUCUCCAGGUGAGCUGAAGGUGCGGCUGGGGGAGUGGGACGUGGGAGGUGACACAGAGUUCUACCGCUACGUGGAGAGCCCCGUGCUCGGUCUUUAUCCACACCCGGAGUUCUAUGCUGGAAACCUCAACAACGACAUCGCCAUUGUCAGGAUACAGACUCCCGUCGACUUUGUCACUAAUCCACACAUCUCGCCCGUGUGCAUGCCAGACCGCUUCUCCAGCUUCUCUGGUCAGCGCUGCUAUGUAUCAGGCUGGGGUAAAGACGCCUUCGGAAACAGAGGCAACUUCCAGCACCUGCUGAAGGAGGUGGACCUGCCAGUGAUAGAUCAGUCAGUGUGUCAGUCUGCACUCCGCAACACCAGGCUGGGUCCACAGUUCACGCUGCACUCUGGCAUGAUCUGUGCUGGAGGCGAGGAAGGCAAGGACGCCUGCGAGGGUGAUGGUGGGAGCCCACUGGUAUGUCACAACCUGGACGGCAGCAUGCAGAUCGCUGGCCUGGUAUCAUGGGGUGUUGGCUGUGGUCAGCGUGGCGUCCCUGGAGUCUACACCAACAUUCCCUACUACCUGGACUGGAUAAAAUCUAUCACCAGAAGCUAACUCAUCCACCUCCUGCCCUCCUGAGUCGCAUUUCAGUCAUCCGUCCUUCAAGAAAAAGGAAACUUGGUGCUCAUCUUUCAAGUAGUUAACUUGGAGUGUCAAGGCUUCAGGAGUUCCUCCUGUCUACUGCUAUAACACUUGGAGUGUCAAGGCUUCAGGAGUUCCACCUGUCUACUGCUAUAACACUUGGAGUGUCAAGGCUUCAGGAGUUCCUCCUGUCUACUGCUAUAACACUUGGAGUGUCAAGGCUUCAGGAGUUCCACCUGUCUACUGCUGUAACACUUGGAGUGUCAAGGCUUCAGGAGUUCCUCCUGUCUACUGCUGUAACACUUGGAGUGUCAAGGCUUCAGGAGUUCCACCUGUCUACUGCUGUAACACUUGGAGUGUCAAGGCUUCAGGAGUUCCUCCUGUCUACUGCUAUAACACUUGGAGUGUCAAGGCUUCAGGAGUUCCACCUGUCUACUGCUAUAACACUUGGAGUGUCAAGGCUUUAGG